AUGGGAUGGUUCGGGGAGUCCAUGGACUCCGUCAAGUCCAUUCAGAUCAGACAAGCUCUCUCCCAAGCCCUCACUCUCGGCUUGAUUGUCACGUCGGCAUUGAUUAUAUGGAAAGGGUUAAUAUGUAUGACUGGUAGCGAAUCACCUGUGGUGGUUGUGCUCUCUGAAAGCAUGGAGCCUGGCUUUGCAAGGGGUGACAUUUUGUUCUUGCAUAUGAGCGAGGAUCCUAUUCGGGCAGGAGAAAUUGUGGUGUUUAAUGUGGAUGGACGUGACAUUCCAAUCGUUCAUAGAGUAAUUAAGGUUCAUGAGCGGAAAGAUACUGGAGAAGUUUAUGUCCUCACAAAAGAUAACGACGAGGAUGACAGGGCCUUGUAUGCUCGGGGCCAGCAUUGGUUGCAACGACGCCAUAUCAUGGGGAGAGCCGUUGGGUUUUUGCCUUAUGUUGGAUGGGUGACAAUUAUCAUGACAGAGAGGCCUAUAAUCAAGUACAUUCUGAUAGGGGCGCUGGGAUUGCUGGUCAUAACGUCGAAGGAUUAG